CGGAUCGACGACCGAGAGCACCUGGGCACCGAGGUCGACGCGCAGCUCGCCUACCUUUGCGACGGCGCCGAAGCGGCCCGCGGUGUAGGUCGCCCGCUCCCAGACGUGCAGCUCUGCCGAAGCGCCGAAGCGCCGUCGCAGCUCUUUGGCUGCGAGGCACCCGCCGAGGCCCGCGCCGACGACGAGGACGCGAUACGGCUGCUCGUCCAUGUUGCUGUCGCCGCGCGCUGCGUAAGUGGCGAGCGCCGCAGCGGUCGCGCUGCGGGCGCUGACCGCGCGCGCAAAUGCCAUCAUUCUCAUGUGCCUACGGCUGCGACGCACGCACAGCAGCCGUGGGUCCUGUGCAUUUGUGGUCGCUCGCUCAGCCUCGCCUGCUGAUCUAUGCUGGCUCACCAACUGUGCGGAGUGCCGACGAGCGAUUUUUGGAUCGCUUCGACGGUCGGCGCCGAGAGCUAGGUCGGCGGACGCGCGGCAGAGACUGCUUGCUCCACGCUGCUGCAGAGCUUGGCUGGAGAGCUGCACCUGAAACGCCGUCCGUCU